UAUACAAUAUCUAUACAUACAUACAUACAUACAUACAUACAUACAUACAUACUAUUAUCUAAUGGUACAACUUAAUAACUUAUUCACUCUAUGGUCAAUUGUCAGUUACUCAGUUGGUCUACAGUCUAUAUUCUAUAAUUUAUGUGAUAUUCUUGAAAAUUAAAAAAAAUAUAAAAUUUAUCAGUAAUCUGUUCUCACUAUUCACUAUUGUAUACACACCAUUUAGCAAUUUGUUUUAUUUAGUUUUUUAUUUCUUUAGUCUGUAAAUAUUUUUUUUUAAUAGUCACUGCCACAGUCAUUGCUGUUUGGUUAGUGGUAAACUUAGGUGUUGCUGAUUGAACUUGUACUUCUAAACAUUUCUAAAACAGCUAUUUUCAAAUUGAAGACAUGGAAUUAAAUCAAGAGCAGAGUAAUACCAUAUCACCUAAUGUAACUUCCAAAAUUUCCGAUUUUAUAACUGCUGAACAAGUCACUUCUUUAGAACCUCCAAUUAGUUCUAAUGAUAUUCAGUUAGAUAGGGAACAAAGUAAUGAAGAUUUUCCUUCUCAACCAGUGAAUGAAGGUGAACCAAAAGAACAAACUUAUCAAGAUAUAUUAGGUUCUGGGGAUUUAUUGAAAAAAAUCAUUAAACAGGGAGCUCCAGAUGAACGACCAAUGAAAGGUGAACAAAUUGUGAUAAAUUUAGUUGGUCGUCUAGAAGAAAAUGAUGAUAUUUUCGAAAAAGAAGAAAAUUUUGAAAUCACUCUGGGUGAUUGUGAGGUAAUUCAAGGUGUUGAUUUAGCUUUAAGUUUAAUGAAUGUAGGUGAAAUAGCCGAGUUGAAAAUAGCGUCACGAUUUGGUUAUGGUGAAAAGGGAUUGAGUCCAAAGGUUCUGGGUGGAGCUAGAUUAGUAUAUACUGUAGAACUAGUGACUGUAAAACCAGAAAUACUUCCAGAUGACCUUACUCCAAGUGAAAGACUUAAUAUUGGGCUGAAAAAAAAAGAUAAAGGAAAUUGGUGGUAUGCACGUAAUGAAAACACUAUGGCUUUACAUGUGUAUCGCAAAGCUCUUCAAUAUUUUGGCGGACCAGGAGAUAUAAUUGGAUCAGAUUCAGAUCAAAAAGAUAUUCUUAGUGAACGUGUCAAGACAUUAAACAACAUGGCWGCUGUACACAUGUCUAUGAAUAGUUUAGAUUUAGCUUUAAGUACAUUGGACAGUGUACUCACUGUUGAACCUAAUAAUGAAAAAGCAAUUAUGCGCAAGGGUAAAGUACUAGCUUUAAAAGGACAAAAUAUGGCAGCUGCUCGUGAGCUUGAAAAAGCAUUACAAAUAAAUCCAAAUAAUAAAACAGUUCAAAGUAUUCUCAGCAAUGUUAAAGCUGCAUUAGUCAAAGAAAGAGUGCAAGAAAGAGAAUUGUAUAAAAAAAUGUUGGGACAAAAAGAUGAUAAUAUUGAAAAGUCAACAAAAGAUGACAAAGAUACGAGUACAAAGUUUAUAAUCAGUGKGCUUGUGGCCGGAUUAGCAGUAAUUUGUGGAUACUGUUAUCUUAACAACAACUUUCCUUUCAGCAAAUUGAAUUCAUUAUAGUUUUUAAAAUAUAUUUAUUAUUUCUUACAUUCGACAAUAUAAACAUUCUAUACUAUUCAUCAUGAUUCUAUUUGACUACAAAUAUCUUCAAAUUUUAUUUAAAAAAUGUGUUUCAAGAAAAAAAUUAGUUGCCAGC